CAUUUGACGCCCUGACGCUUCAACAUUUAGAACCCUCUCGACUCUAUUUCCCAAAUAAUCCAAGAAGCGCCAACAUCACCUGCGCACACGUAACUUCUCUCCAAUCACCGGUCGUCUACAAUACGCCUUUCUUCGCAAGCAAGCGGACCUUGAACGCCGUCUCCGUCUCCGUCUCUAUCCCUCCUAGACUUCGUUCCGCAUACCAUAUCAGAUACCUACAACUCUCCACAUCUGCGCCAAGAUGAUGCUCUUUGCAUUUGGAUCGUUAUUCUACGCCUCCAUACUAAUAAUCAACGCCAUUGCGAUCCUUUCCGAAGACCGAUUUCUUGCCAGAAUCGGGUGGGGCACGACGACCGAUCCCGGCUUCGGCGGAUCCGCAGACUCGACGAGCGUCAAAGCCAAGAUUAUCAACCUGAUUGCAUCUGUGCGGACACUGAUGAGGAUACCGCUCAUUGCAAUAAACUCGCUCGUCAUAAUCUACGAACUCGUCCUAGGCUGACCUUACUCCUUACUCCUUACUCCUUGUUAUCGAACGAUGGAUACGAAAGAAAAAAGAGAAUUCAAGGAUAAAGAUAACAUACCUUACCUUACUUUAUAUAUUACUACCUACCUAUGUUUAGAUACAUUGUAUACCUGUACUACGCCCCGGCCUCUUCGCAUUUCCAGCAUGAACUGGGCUUUCUUUUCUUAAGGCAUCUCGUCUCAGCAAAGUCACAACAUGGGCGUUUGAUUGGAGUUAACUACCUUUCUGUUACUAUUUUGAUAUUUUUUCUCCUCUUGUGGCAUAAUUUCCGUAUCAAAUAUUUGAUGAUGCCAAAAAGAAAUGUAAUUCGCCAUUCGCUUCAAACUUCAGAU